AAUAGGAAAUGGUUCAUUUGCAAAUUGCAAUCAUUGCUUAGAACAAAAAAAACAAAGCAUGAUUAGUAAAAAUCUGAUUAAUGAAAAUACAAUACAAGUAAAUAUAUCAAACCAUCUAUUACCUGAAAGUAAUCCUAAAUUAGAUGCUGAAAACAAAGAUGAAGACCUUGUAUAUGAAAUAGAGAAUCUUAAAGAACUUAUUGCUACAAAUUUCUAA